AUGACGACACCUAGCGCGCUCCGAUUGGAGCCAGCAACUUUGGAAGAUAUCCCAGCCAUUGCCGAGCUAUGGUUUGAGGUCUUCACAGAUCCGAUGAUGCGGCAUCUAUUCCCUCCCACACCUGGGGUGCGCCAAUGGUGGGAGAAGGCGAACCGGGAUGAUUUCAUCAAUAAACCAUUCCAACGAUACGUCAAAAUAGUCGACCCAGAGUCGAAUAAUGCCAACGGUCAGCCGCGGCUCGUUGCAUAUGCGAAAUGGGACCUCGCGAUGGUUGCAGAGCGAGGCAGUCGGUUUCCGCCUUGGCACGAAGACCAGCCUGCCGGGGAUUGCGACAAUUUUUUUGGCAGCCUGGAGAAGGAGAGACAGCGUGUCAUGGGCGAUCGAAAGAAUUUCUACCUGGACAUGCUGGGCACGCAUCCUGAGUAUAGAAAGCGAGGUGCCGGCUCAAUGCUGGUCAAAUGGGGGUGCGACCUGGCUGACGAUGAAGGAGCAGGGGCAUAUGUCGAUGCCAGCAAGGCUGGCGCUCCACUGUAUGAGAAAUUCGGGUUUGUGGACCACAGUCAGCCGGAUACUAUCGGCAUUGCUUCGAUGGCACGACGAUAG